GCUGAUUCCCUUUCUUCGUCACUGUAGUAGUCAAAUCACGUUAAUUUUCUAAAAUUAGGUUACAAAUAUUUUUACAAUAGUACAAUAAAUACAUAUCAUUCAUAUAAAAAUGUUUGUCGCUAAACAUCCGAAGGAAAACAUCAAAAUUUAAAGCAAAAUGAAGUCCAAUAAAAAUUUGCCUACGUCAAACUGACGUCAAAGGGCUUCAACUUUUGACGAAAUGAAAAAUCAAAGAACAUAGGGAAAGGCACACCUCGGAAUACUUGGCAUCUUGUUGCGUUUAUCUAUCAGUUUCGUCAGUUCGUUGGGAGGUUGAGGGCGUUGCGCCGGGUGCUUGUGGUAAUACUUGCGAUUGGUAGAUUCGUGUGGACGUGAUAUAUGUGAAGUUUCUGAAGGCAGUUUUUGGGCUUGGAACAAGUGUUUUAUCGUAUAAGCUCCAAGUAGCGUGGCAAUCAUGGUCAAUCGACAGAGAAUAUUUGUUUGCUCUCUAUGGCGGAUCGUCCUGCUUGCAUUUGCUACCGUCCAGAUUGUGCCUUUAGCAUUUGCUUCACCACAUGGUGUUCCGUCGCUGCUGCAGUAUGAUGAGCGGCCGUCGCACAGUGUCCAGUUCGUGGAACUGCACAGAGCAAGGCGACAGGCCACCCCGGAAUCCAAUGGAAUUAACACCGCCAGCCAGAAUAAUGUGGCGCCGUCCACCGGCUCCAGCUCAUCAACCACAACCACCACGACAACGACAACCACCACCACUACCGCUGCCACCACCGCUGCUUCUGCGGCUGGAGCCGGUGGAGCGGCGGCUGUGACUACCACGGCGGCUCCGGAGGCAACCACGGCCGCUCCGGCAGCGACUACAGCUGCUCCGGCCGCCACCACUGCUGCGCCGCCGCCAGCUGCGCCCACAGAGGCCAGCUAUGAUGAUCUGGACAGCUUCCAGCCCGGAACGAACCAUACGUACCACAUCAACGGCACGGAGGUUCAGCAGGCGCAGAUUGACGACCACAAGUACUACGAGUCCAAGUUCGUGCCUCAGGGCAAGGACUACUGGGUGGAUCUGGAUAAGCGGCCUGCCAGCAGCGUGGUACAGCACGACAUGCUGUCAGAGGCACAUCGACGCGCCGCGCCCAGCUGCCGGCUCGUCCUCGGGCGUACCGUCCGCCGGCUCUUCUAUCGCUGUUCGAGUGGGGUGACUGUGCCUGUGAGGUGGGGCCGUGCCCGCGGGGUGGCCCGCGCCUGCGGACCAGCCUGUAAGCGCGUGCCGCUCAACUUCGACUUCCCGUUUUACGGGCACAUCAUCCGUAACAUAACGAUCGCCACGGGCGGCUUUUUGUACACGGGCGACUACCUGCACUCAUGGCUGGCGGCCACGCAGUACAUCGCGCCGCUGAUGGCCAACUUCGAUACCACCAUCACUAAGGACUCGGUCGUCAAGUACUCGGCUAAUGAUACGUCGCUGACGGUGCAGUGGGAGAAGGUGCCGCUCCAGGAGGCCAACAACACCGCCUUCAGCUUCCAGGUGACCAUCCACCAGAGCGGUAACGUAGUGUUUGCCUACCGUGACGUGCCCGUCGAUAUCUCCGGCAUCCAGACGACCGCCCACCCCGUCAAAGUGGGCAUGUCGGACGCCUACAUCAUCGACAGAACCAUCUUCUACGUGAAGAGGAAGACCAUCUACGAGUACCACCGGAUCGACAUGAAGGGCUACACCAUCAGCAACAACACGGCUGUCGUGUUCACGGCUCAGCCGACCUGUGUGUCGCUGCGCUCCUGCGAGAAGUGCCUCAACCACCCCUCUAUCGAUUUCAAGUGCGCCUGGUGCGAGUCCACCAAGCGCUGCUCGGACGGCCUGGACCGUAACCGACAGGACUGGCUCGAGUCGCGCUGUGACGACAACUUCGUCCAGGAGGCGGCGCAGUGCGGCCAGACCCCGAGCGGGCCACCGUCGCCGCCGUCACCGCCUGCUCCGACCGACGGCACCGUCAGCUCCAGUGUCAGUCCGGACGCGGCCGGCCCGUCGGCCGCCGCCGCCGCCCACAGCGAUUCGGCCAAACAGGACGUCGACGGAAUGUCGUCCUCGGCAGUGGCCGCCGUGGUGGCGAUCGUCAUCCUGGUGGUGGCCAUCGGCGGCUGGGUCACCUACGCGUACCUGUUCCCGCACAGCACCUCUGGACAGAUCCUCAUCAGGUACCGGCCCAGUCAGUGGCGAAUGAGGCGCGGAGAGGCCCGAUACACAGCUGCCUCCAUCCACAUGUAGUCGCCGGCAGCGCCAACUGGUGACCGGCCGGCGAAACUGCGCUGUCUGCAGCGGCCGACAGGUGGCGGGCCGCGCGGCGACUCUCGUGGCAUUAUCAUCCCGACGGUUCAGUCUUUCCGCUGUGGGUGGACGUGGGCCGCCGCGCCGGCUGAGAAAACGAGCUAGCCGGCAGUGUCGUUUGUGAUAUUAUUUUUGACACGACGGGAAAAGUGACCGGGAGCCGCCGUCGACUCCGCCGCGCGCGCCGGGAGACCGGACAAAGGAACACCUGUGCGCGCGCUGAACACUCCGUGCUGGUGUGUGCUCUCCGUGAACAGCGGGGCCGGUGCUCCACCGCUGGGACAAGAACGACAGCGAUGCGUGUUACUUAGCCGGCGUACGAAGCGCUCAUACGUGCCGAUCACCCCUUCGUCGAACGUACAUACGCCCGUCAGGACAGCCGGUGGCGAACGACGGACAAGUGCGUAUGGACUACCGGGAGAGCAGAGUAGUCGGCGCUGCAGAGACUCAGACACACCCGGUGUCGGUGACUCCACAUUAACUACCGGGAGAGGAUAGGCCGACCGGCUCUGGUGGGCAGCCGAGCCGCCGGGCCAUACACAUGUUCAUAUCGGCCCAACGAGAGAGAAUGAGAAAGGGAGAGAGGGAACACCUCGGCGCGGGAGGCCGGCCGCGUGUGUGCGUCUGUGUGAGUGUGUGUUUGGGGGAGGUGCUGCGUCAACCGAGGCACGAUCCGGUAUCAAAAACUGUCGCGGGGUGGGGUGGCUCGAGCGUCCCGUACUGCAUAAUAGAAGUGGCAAACGACGAAUAGGGAAGGUGGCGCUGCCCCCGCUGUUGUUAGCUGCACUGUGUCUUACCAAAACGGCACUAGAUGGCACCAGCAGUGCGCCGUGGUGACCACCCGUUUUUACAAAUUGAACCAUUUUGCUUAACUGACCACAAUUUUCGGAUCGUUCUUACCUCGUGACUGCUUUUUGACGACUUUGUAGGUAAUGAGUGGACUGGCCCUCGCAAUCGUUUCAUAAUUUGUAUUCUGAGAUAGAUGACGUCAUGUGUGUUCGCGACAGAUCGCUCAUAGAACUGCUGUUAUAGGCGCCGCUGUCAGACUCGAGAAUGGUACUGGUGGCUCAGUGCGUGUUAUCUUUCGCGUCGGUAUUCUAGAGCAACGUAUCAGGUAGACCUUUUUUAGAAACUUUGGGACGCAUGCUUGGAUUUGCUAUAGUGAAGCAUCAAUUAGCCGUUUUUAAAAAAGAACUACGUUGCCAUGUUAUGUAAUGCCCCUUUUGUAUUGCCUUGAGCCAUCGACACCUAUUUUGAAUAUUUGUAUCUGCCGACAUGGACCUAUUGAAAACAUCUAAGAUUCUUGAAGCAGUAAAUAUCUCUUGAAUUAAAUUUCUGUCUAUCUGUCUCUUCCUUCUGUAAGAGUUCAUGUUCAUGUGUCGCCUAACUUCUUAAGGAAUUGGUAGGCAAACCCUUGUAUGAUAUGUUUUAAUUCGUUACGUUUUUGACGCAGUUCAAUGUUCAUUCGGUUGCUCGUUCACAGUUUUGCACUGUUCACAAUUUUGAUGCGACGGAUCUUCACUGGCGGUGUCGCGCGAGAUUUUAUCGUGUUAGCCGGUAAAGCGCGUGCUUGUUCCCUAAUAAUCCAGCCGUUAAGUGAUUAUCUUGGAUAGAGGCUUGUGUGUUCUGGGAUGCUGAAUACACAAUGUAUGUGA